GUGAGCAAACUCAAUUUACGGCACACAUAUUACAACAACAACAAAUACUACAACAAGAACAUAAAACAGUACAAAAACAAUAUAAACUAUUACAACAACAAAAAAACAAGAGUGUGAGAGACCGAGCAAUGGUAAGCUUAUACGCACAAACAAUAAUAAAAAUGCAAAACUAAAACAACAACAACAACAAAGUGCCAACCAACAUCGCGAGAACUCUGUGUGAAAUGAGUAGGUAAAUAUUAAUUGCAACGACAAAGCGGAAUUGAAACAUUGUCAAAGCACGAACUGGUACCAGCGGAGCUCAGCCCCAGAGUUAUGCAUAUACAUAUGUACAUAUGUAGUUGAGCUGCGUAUCGCCAUUUGUAUGUGUGUGUGUGUUUCUGAGAAGAGUGUGUUGUGGAGUCUACGUUUUGCUGCUUUGGAGCGCGCUACAAGCUGGAGAUGACUCCAAAACUAUCAUUCGAACGCCAAGUAUUCAAUUUGUUGUCGUCGCUCGUUGGAGGCAGAAGUCGUGGCGCGGAAAACUCGUCAGUGUAAAAGCUAAACGCUCGCAAUAAAAUUUCUUUGUUUUUGUACAAAUAAAGUUUCGAACGCAAAGGUUCGCUGCAGAUGCUUGGUGCUCGUUUGUUUACACAAACCAAAUACACACGCAUACAUACAUAUACCUAUACAGGUAAAGCACUUGCUCGUGCGCUUGCAAAAGUUGUCGUCCGCUCGGCAUCGCUAUUAGUGGCUGCUGUGACUUGGCCUGUUCUGCAUAAAAUUAUCGCCCGUGUCGGAGCAUAAAAGUGUAGAUAAUUUACGUUUCGCUUGCAAUCUUUUUCCCCGCAUUUCCUUUUGGCCAAAAAACAAAAAAGCACUAGCUGUUGUUGUUGUGAAUAUACAGCAAAAAAAAAAACAAAACAGUUUACGAAAAAUUUAUAAUAAUCGAAAAAGCAGCCAUUCUAAGUGCUUCACAGCCUCAGGCGCUCGCUGUUGACGUUUGCUUUUGUGCUUAGCUUCUGUAUUCGGAACGCAGUAACGGCAAUUGCCACCUGUUCUUGGAGAGCGAUUUGUUUGAUUGACGCGUGUCUGUCGCACACUUUUACAUGAAAAGUAAUUGCGUUGUGCGUCUAUUUUCAAUAGAAUAUUAGUAAGCGUUAAAAAUCGCUGAAAGUAUUUUACCGGGGUUUGGUCUAACACAAAAAAAAAAAUCAAAAAAGUAAAAACAGCUGAAAGAGCCAAUAAGAAAAUAUCGCAAGAAAGAAUCUGAAAAAUAUUUUUUGUGCAAAUUACAAUGUUUUAACUGCAACAACAACAAAAACUUAAAAAAAAGUACUACAAUAAUAAAUUUAAAAAAAAAAAUACAACCAAAAAAACUACAAUAACAAAAAAUUGUAUAAGCUGUGAAAGCCCGUAAACUCCGUAAAUGUGAAAGAAUGCUCGCAGCUUAAGAAUUAUUCUAUAAAAUAAAUCAAAAAAAGAAAGAAAAUAGCUCUUCAACAUUAAAACCGAUUUUCGCGCGUAGCUCAAGAAACGGCGGGGUUAAUUUAUUACUUUGUUGUUGGCAGUGAAAGUAGGUGACAGGCAGACACUAAUAGCUAUUUGGUGUUAUUUGCAGAUCACGGCGCCGUAAAUAAUAAGAUCAGCGUAUACCUUCGAAAUCCUCCAGAGCCCCUGCUACAUAACAGCUAAUACUUCAAAUAAUAUUUACAAGUGAAAACUCUCACACAUUUUCAGCGCUCAAUAAAAACAUAAAAUCUGCCAAAAUGGGUUCCGAUUGUGGCGUCUGGCUGGCCAAGUAUCUGCUAUGCCUGUUCAACUUCCUCUUUUUUGUCGUUGGCACAAUCGUGCUGGGCACUGGCAUUUGGUUGGCGGUCGACAAAGCCUCGCUAAUUGCAUUGCUCAAGAUGGUAGAAAGCGAUCAAAUCACCCAAUUCACACAGCCGCGUGUCAUCGAGCAGAUGGCGUACGUUUUGAUUGCUAUCGGCGCCGUUAUGUUCUUCAUGAGCUUCCUCGGCUAUUGUGGCGCGAUACGUGAGUCGCGUUGCCUGCUGACAACGUAUGGUGUUUUUAUGAUACUGCUGCUCAUUGCCGAAAUCGUCGCCGGCGGCUUGGCUGCUUUCUACAAGGAGAAGGCGCGCGCUGAGACCAAGACUUUCCUGCAAUCCACCAUUACCGAUUAUUAUUCCACCCACGAGAAUAUGGACGCUGUCACACUCAUGUGGAAUCAGCUGAUGAGCCAGAUGAGCUGCUGUGGCGUGAAUGACUAUCGCGACUUCGAUGCCUCACUCGCAUGGGUCAGCAACAAGGGCAAUCGCACGCUACCCGAAGCCUGCUGUGUGCUCAAGGAUGUAAGCCAAAUGUUGCCACGUGACGAUGAUUGUGUGCUAAAUCCUAGCGAAAGCAACAGCUUUUAUAAGAAGGGCUGCUAUGAAGUAUUCACCGACUGGAUUAUCUCCCAUCGCGAAAUCAUUAUUGGCGUGCUGCUGGGCGUUGGCAUUGUACAUUUGUUUGCCAUCUUUUUGGCAUUCUGCCUGUGCAAGGCGUUCGCUAAAUACCAUGGCAUGCGUCUUUAAGAUUCUACCCAUGCAAAGCUAGCCAAUUAGUUGCACCAAAUAUGACUAGUGAAGCAAUAAGAUGUUGUGACGAAAAGACUUCGACAAUUAUGAGAAGCUAUUUCUGUCUCUUUUCGUAAAUUGUUUAUAUUGUUGAGUUGUUUGUUUUACAAAUUUUUGAACAAAUUUUGUAGAAACCUUUUUUUUUGUAAUAAGUAGUUUACAGACAUUUUUGUAAAUUUCUAUUGAAACUUUUACAUAACUUUACGCAUAUGGAUAUGAACUAUUCGAAUUUUGAAUACUAUUGUUAUAUAUUUAUGAAUAGUUAAAAAAAAACACGUGAGAAAAUAAUUAGGUAAAAAUUUGCUUCUGAAAGAGUAUGCAAAUGGCAAAGUAUAUGCGCUAAAAUUAAGUGAGCAAAAACUUAUUGGGUUGAAGCCUUCUUUAGUAAGGAAGGUUGGCAUACUUGCAGAGUCAAGUAAAAAAUCUUCAAGCAAAAAAUAUAUAUACAAUAUAUAUAAAAUAAUAAUAAUAACAAGAAAUCGAACUAAGACUUGAUUUUAGUUAUCUUAGUAUAAAUUCUGAAUGCUUGCUAGUAAUAACUAACAACUGUAGGAAUCGUUUAGCCUAGUAAGUAAGCAAGAAUCUCUCCACACUAUACAUCACAAAUCAAUUGUAGAACAUAUCGAAAUGAAAAAUUAAUAAGAACAUGUUUUUCAGCUAAGCAUUUACACGGAAAUCAUAAACUAAAAUAGAAAUUCACUCAAAAAUUAGAAAAUUUCGAAAAUUGUAUUCGAAAAGAGUGCAUGUCAAGCUUAUGAUGUUGUAACCAAUUUUUCGAAAAUACUGAAGUUUUGGCUUUCUUUAGUUUUAAAGUACAUGAAUUGUAAAUGAAUGCCGCCGAAUAAGUUUAGAGGUUAUAAAUUUUUACAUUCGUCUGAAAUUUAAACAUAUUAAUUUUCAUUAUACAAAAAAAAAACAAUACUUAACCCUUACAUAAAGUCAAUUAAAAUUUUCGAAUAUUUCUUAAGCCCGUUGACAUGCUUCAGAGCCACUUCUAUUAAAUUUUUAUGCGACUAGUAUUUAAAAUAACUGCUUUUUAUAAAAUUUUUUGUAAAUAAUUUUGUAUAAAAAAAUUCAAACCAAUGAAAAAUAUUAUACAUUACUACAAAAUUUUUUAAAUGUAUACUUAGAUGAUUCAAAUAUUUUUGAUGACUGCCUAAAAGUAUGCAACUAUUUUAUUUCUCAUAUAAAUUAAUUUUAUUAUGCGCUGCCGUAGUAAAAAUUUUAAAAUAGCUUCACCGUGCGGCUAAAACUGCAUAAAAAAUUCAUAAAAUUAAUUAUAUAACUGUUAACAUUCAAAAUUAUUAAUUUCUGUAUACCUAUUUACCAUCUUUUCUGCAUAAAAAAUAUGAAACCGCCACAAUGCAGAAUCCGAGCGAUCUAAAACUCGAAAAAAAAAA